AACCUAUGUUAUGGAGGGGAGAUAUACCACAACUAUACCAUUUUAAUUAUUGUUCCAGAUUGCUCACCUUUCUUCAACAUAAUUAAUUACAUAUGAACAAAUUUAAAUGUAAAUGAUCAGAUAGUUGAUUUAAAAUUCGUAUCUAACGGGGGAUUUGUGCCUGUUAUAUUUGUUUAAAAUGCAUCUUUUGCAGUUUAAGCAGAUUUUGAUAUCCUUAGGAAUAUUUUAUUCGUUAGACAUUUGCUAGCCUUGACCUACAGUUAGGCUAACAGUGGAACAGCAUUUACUUUUUAGGUUUUUACUAACACUGCCUCAGGAACAGUAGUUAAACAUUAACUUGCAGUAACUGCCUAUAUUUAUCAAAUUGUCUAAACAGACCAGGAAUAAGAAUGAAUUCCUGGAUGAUUUCAACUGAUGCUACUCAAUAAAAUGAAGGUCUACUCUUUACAACUGUACCUAUUUAAAGCACUUUGUGUCAUGGUCCAAAUAUUAUCAUUACCUGCUCCAAGGCUGUGACUCCUGCUGGACGUUAGGUGCUCGACUACAGACGCUCAGCGUUCAUUCUGUACAUUAUUGAUGACACCAGAGAAACUGAAACCUGUCAGAGAAAACAUGUGUCCUGGUCUGACGAUUCUGCCCAGAGCUCGCUGACCAUGGGAUCAACCUGGACCCUGGAGGACACACAACUACGGUGACAACAGCCUAAAUCGUGUGCUGGCGGACAGAAGUGUCCAUGGAGGGGGAUCCUGAGAAUUCAGAUGAGGACUGUCAGGGCACCACUGUGCUGUGGGAGAAGUGCAUCCAGCAGAGCAUUAUUGUGGACCUCAGUGAGGACGAAAGUCUCCACCUCAGUGAUUUGGACGGUUCUAUGGCUUUACAUGUUUCCCAAACAGAGUCUGCUGCUUCAGAGACCAGCCUUCAUCUCGGUGGAAGUGCUGAGUUGUCAGGUUUGGAUGACAGCUCCUCCAGUGGGUCCAGUGAUGUGACCAGUCUCAGCGACAGGCUGGUAGAGACCAGAACCAAGACCAGUGCAACCCACAUGUCUCCUCAAAGACCAAACACAAUGCAAGAUGAUCCAUCUUUAAAAGUGGAUGAUGACGACUUGGCCCAAAAUACCAGUGAUGAAGAACAGGAGGAUCUACCUUAUGAUGGUGAUUUUGGAAGUCCAUACUUUAACCAGACGUGUAGCCCUGAGGGCAACACUAGCCCUGACAGAAGAGAAAAUGUGAAUGGAAGUCCUGAUGGUCCUGCUCUGCUGGAGUUAUCCCUAAAAUCUGAAGGCGAUCUUGUUGAUGGCAGUGCUGAAACAGCUUUGUCACAAGACCACUCUGAGAUUAACGCUUCCAAACCUGAUCAUCUCACAGCAUCAAACCUUCAUCCUGAACCAGCAGACUUCAACCAGUUGUUAACACAACACUUUCCACAGUUAGAGAUGAUAUUUCCAGGUAGAAUGAUCGAUGCAGAGAGCCUGCCUGAAGUUUCUUUACUGGAAAGUAUGGACGACACAUUAUUGAGCCUGGCUCUAACACGUAGCACAAAAAAGCAGAGGGAGAACCAUGUGCUCAGUGGGUCUGAGAGCUGUUCUGGUAGAACAGAGGACCAAAGCCAAGCUGUAUUGGAUCAUAUAAGUUUACAUGAUGAAGAUGAGACUAAGGUUGACAUCACAUCAGCUGCUGACAGUGUUGCAUCCAGCACAGUAUUAAAGCAAAGCAGUGCACAGAACAGCACAGUAGAACUAAUAAAGCAGGACAAGUCUGAGGUCCAUGAUCAGAUCCAGAGAAUCCCACCACUCGUUCGCACCAGAUCCCUCAGUGAGAUGAAGUACGGUCAAGGCCAGGUCCAUUAUCCACUUCCUGAUUUUUCAAAAGUGGCCCCCAAAGUGAAAAUCCCCAAAGUCCCUACUGGACCAACCAAACCUGCACCUGCGACGCAGAAUGUCAGCACCAUGCACAGAACCCAGUCCUCUCCAGAUAUGUUGGAUGUCGUUAGCAGAGUCCUGGAAGAUUCAGUCCAGCUCCUGGAGAGGCCUUAUGUCUUCGGAGAUGAGGAGAGCCAGACUCCCGGAGCACUAGUGCACCAUCUGCAGGCUGAAUAUGACAAAUUACUAACCAAAUAUGCAGAGGCAGAGAAUCUUAUUGAUCAAAUGCGACUGGGAACAAACACUCAGCCGUCCUCAGAUGUGAAGCUCUUCUCAGACUGUGGUAGCCAUGACGGCGAGGGAAACUCAGCUGAGGGAAGCCAUCUUGGAUCCUUGCCUCCUCAUCUUCCAGCAUCUGAAGUCAACGGUCUUAAUGGAAUAACAGCACCUCGGUGUGAGACAACAAACGAAGCCCCCCUACGUCUCCCCCAACCCGAAGAAGGUCCCAGUGAAGGGGACAGAAUGACGGCAGAGUUGAGAGACAUCAUGAAGCCAUUCACGCAGAAAGUGGAAGAAUUCAGAGUGGGUGUCAACAACAAGACGAUCAGCACAGGAGAACAGCAGAUGAUAUUGAGGAGCAUGAUGGAGGCCCAGGACCAACUGGAGAGGAACUACAUGAGUAAGAAGGAGGAGCACAGAGCACUGGAGAUGCAGAAUUACAUGGGUCUAACUAGGAACACUGGCACCUUUGACCCAAACAGGCUGAUGGAGGGCGACAUCUUCAGAAUUGGAAUGCUCCUGGACAACGUCAAGGAGAUGAUUGACAGAAACAUGUGUGAGCUGAUGUCUCCACCGCUCUCGUCUUCCACACCAACACCCACUCAGGAGAUAGAAGUUGUGAGGCUCUGUCCUUUCUCCACACAAACACCUUCCCCUCCACCAUCCUUCCAUCAGGGUACGUGUGCAGGUUUUUCUGACUUAAAUUGCGAGACGGAGACACAGGAGGUGAAUGUAACGGCAGAGGAUGUAGAGGAGGACAGUGAGUUGCAUGGAGGAGGCGCAGUGGAACAAAGAAGAGAGAGUGCGAACCACACCACCCAUUAUAAUGGCUGUCAUUUAGGGAGCCCACGAGCCUCUCUGGAGAGACUGGACAUAGAGAUAACUAAGGAUGAAGAAGACCACGAAGAGGAGAGUGGCUCUGCUUCCACAAAGGAGGGAGUUCACCGUGACACAUCGGCAUGUGUGAGCAGAACCAGCUUAUCCUCAAGACAGAGCGACUGGACUUACGAAAGCCACAGCCCUGUGGUUCCUGCAGCUGGACCACAGGGUGAAUGUGAUCUGGGUGACUGUGUGAGCCUGGCUGUGGAGGUCUCCUCUUAUUCUGAAGUACCACAACUAUCAGACACUCACAGCCACUCACAGCCUCCUCUGAACAACACAUGUGCAUCACAGAUGAUUGUGAUCCCAGAGACAGACAGUGGCUUUGGAAGCUCUUAUUUGAAUCAGUCAGGUUCUGGAGUAUCUCAACCAAAUCUUACUGCAGAGAGUUCUGCUGCACCAUCCCAAAUUGAUCUAAGCGACUCAGACAGAGAAAGCUCCAGCUCCAACCUGCAGACAGCUCUUCACUCAGCUCCUGUAGAUACCCAGCAGUGGGUCAGCUCUCACACACUGGUCCAAACACAGUCCUGUGGUGCAGUGGAGCUGUGGGUGGAGAGCACUACCAAGGAAGCUUCCCUCCGGCUGCAAGGUUCUGACCCUGCUCUGCCUGCUCAGAUCCAUCACCACGUUUCUGAACCUCUGCUCCACACGAACAUGGAAUCAGAGGAGAGAGGCAGCCAAGCCUGCUCCUGCUCUUGUAGUAACCGUGAAGCCCUGCUUGCCCUAAAGUCAGAGGUGUUCAGGCUGAAGAAGGACCUGGAGGAAGGCUUGGUCCAGCUGCCUCAACUGGCCCAGAAAAUGGACUAUCUUACCGCCAAAUAUAGACAGGAUCGUCAGGCCCGCAAGUCUAAAACCAGGUCCAGGACUCACAACAGACCGUCUCGUCAGAGUCCAUCUAGAGUAGACGACUGGAUUUCUUCAGACAUGGACCUCAGCAGGAGCAAAGAUACAAAUAGUGAUUAUACAGCAGCCUCAGACGUCUUGUCGCAGUACUACAGCUCACCAGCAGGGAGCAGGAGAGGCAGCAGUGUGCACUUAGGACAGAGGACGCUGCAGAGCAGCAGAGAAGGAAAAAGCUCAGCAAAAAGUUCUGGACUGAGCUGCUCCAGUUUUAACGGAGGAAAAAGAGACAUUUCUGAGCCACAAUCUUUUGUGGAGAGUUUUUACUCCAAGGAGAGUUGGUCUCCCUUCUCCUCUCCAUCCCUCCAGAAGCCCCUCCUCCAGGUCAACUACUGCUCCUCCAGCAGUUUACCUGCCAGAUUUAAAGUAAGGGAGCCUCAACUCGACUCACUGAUCCAUCACAGGAAAAGAUCCACCCAGUCGGACACGGCACUGCUACCCAGCGACGUGUACUUCCAACGCACCCUGUCUCCUGAGACGGAAGAAGACAUGUACAGGACUCUGGACGAGGCCAUCGAAGUGGCCCGGUGCAUGAAAAGAACCACAGACCACAUGGCCAAGAGUCUGUCAGCAGACCUGGCCAAAGCUCAGCUGUACAGGAAACAGUAUGGCUCUCAGCCAGUAGGGGACAGGAAAUACCAUGCAUUAUGA